UUUUGAAGGAGGAGGCAUGGCCCAGCAGCCUUAUCGUUUUCCCCAGGCAAGGAUUCCGGAGAGAGGAUCAGGUGUUUUCAGGUUAACCGUCAGGUGAGGAGUCUGGGCUUCAUCUUUCAGGAUGCUGGACUGGAGAAAUCUUCCUAAAGUCGAUGGCUUUACUUUCGUAGACUAGAGCUUGCUUGCUGCCUUGGGAAUGCUUAUAUUAACUGCUUGCGUUAGUUAAAUAAGGCUAGGCUGUGCCUUCCAGAACAAACAGGCCUUUCCCUCAGGUGGGAGGGUUGUAGUGUGGCUAACCCCAGUUCCUCGGCCUUUAUGAAAAGGCGCACAGUUCAGCCGGUUGGCGCUGCCAGCGGGCCCCUCCUCCGUGGUCAAAGCUCCAGCCACCCCAGCACAGUUGAGCCAAAGUUAAAUGCAAUGGCACAUCAUGAUUCUGAGAUGAAAGAAGAAUGUCUAAGGGAAGACCUGAAGUUUUACUUCAUGAGCCCUUGUGAAAAAUACCGAGCCAGACGCCAGAUUCCGUGGAAACUGGGUUUGCAGAUUUUGAAGAUAGUCAUGGUCACCACACAGCUUGUUCGUUUUGGUUUAAGUAACCAGCUGGUGGUUGCUUUCAAAGAAGAUAACACUGUUGCUUUUAAGCACUUGUUUUUGAAAGGAUAUUCUGGUACAGAUGAAGAUGACUACAGCUGCAGUGUAUAUACUCAAGAGGAUGCCUAUGAGAGCAUCUUUUUUGCUAUUAAUCAGUAUCAUCAGCUAAAGGACAUUACCCUGGGGACCCUUGGUUAUGGAGAAAAUGAAGACAAUAGAAUUGGCUUAAAAGUCUGUAAGCAGCAUUACAAGAAAGGGACCAUGUUUCCUUCUAAUGAGACACUGAAUAUUGACAACGACGUUGAGCUCGAUUGUGUUCAAUUAGACCUUCAGGACCUCUCCAAGAAGCCUCCAGACUGGAAGAACUCAUCAUUCUUCAGACUGGAAUUUUAUUGGCUCUUACAGGUUGAAAUCUCCUUUCAUCUUAAAGGCAUUGACCUACAAACAAUUCAUUCCCGUGAGUUACCAGACUGUUAUGUCUUUCAGAAUACGAUUACCUUUGACAAUAAAGCUCACAGUGGCAAAAUCAAAAUCUAUUUUGACAGUGAUGCCAAAAUUGAAGAAUGUAAAGACUUGAACAUAUUUGGAUCUACUCAGAAAAAUGCUCAGUAUGUCCUGGUGUUUGAUGCAUUUGUCAUUGUGAUUUGCUUGGCAUCUCUUAUUCUGUGUACAAGAUCCAUUGUUCUUGCUCUAAGGUUACGGAAGAGAUUUCUAAAUUUCUUCCUGGAGAAGUACAAGCGGCCUGUGUGUGACACCGACCAGUGGGAGUUCAUCAACGGCUGGUAUGUCCUGGUGAUUAUCAGCGACCUAAUGACAAUCAUUGGCUCCAUAUUAAAAAUGGAAAUCAAAGCAAAGAAUCUCACAAACUAUGAUCUGUGCAGCAUUUUUCUUGGAACCUCUACGCUCUUGGUUUGGGUUGGAGUCAUCAGAUACCUGGGUUAUUUCCAGGCAUAUAAUGUGCUGAUUUUAACAAUGCAGGCCUCACUGCCAAAAGUUCUUCGGUUUUGUGCUUGUGCUGGUAUGAUUUAUCUGGGUUACACAUUCUGUGGCUGGAUUGUCUUAGGACCAUACCAUGACAAGGAUAUAGAAGUGACUACAGGAUGUUGAAACAAGAUCUGUACAAUACUAGAAAGCAUGUAUUAUAGUUGUCUGGGACUGGCUUAAGGGGUCACAUAGUUACCCAGUGAUCAUCAAAUGGGAAAUGUUUGGACAUAAGAUCACUAUAUUAAAAAUUAAAAUUAAGUGAGGAAAAUUAUUAUAAAAAAUUUCCAAUUUAAAGUAUUAUGUUUUUCAUCCAAGUUAAUUGAGAAGAAUGAAGAUGGGCAGAGACUGCCUAAAACGACCAUAGUAGGUUUAUGAUAGAAAUGGUGACACGUCUUGUCUCUGCAGAUGGUUUUGAUUACAGCAUCAUCUUUCUGCCUUAUUAAAGAUAAGUAUCUGAAUUCUAAACUAUUACCAAACUUCAGUUAGCAUUAUAAUCUCAGGGACAUCAAAGUUGUGCCAAGAUGUUCUUGUUAUAAAAUGAUACAUUUGAUUGGUAGAUACAUCAGGAAAUGAAACUAGGUAAGCCUUGUUUUUAACCCAAAAAAGUAAAGGGAGUUAUUUUAUCUUAUGGCUUUUCCUCCAUUUGGGCCUGUGGCAGUUGGAACAACAGAAACAACAAAAAUAGCCGCAGCUAACACUUACUGCUUGUGUGUUAGACACUCUGCUGGGCAUUUCGGUGUUCUUUCUUAUUUACUCCCCACAACCCAGGGUACUGUUAGCCUCACUCAGGUGCUGUGCAAGGAGAAAAGAGGUUAAAAAUGGUAAGUAUUCCUUCCAAGUUUGUAUACCAGUUCAGCCUUAAGUUUUGACCUUGUUAGUUGCAUUAACCAAAUCUGUAGUCAAAUCUGGUUUACAAACUGUUAUACAUGAAUCUUAAACCUCCGUGCUGUCCUACCAGAAUAAUGCCGAGUAACCUGGCACACUCAGACUUUCUCCUUUUUAGGUGUCACAUUUAAUAUGUCUAGAGAGAAUUACUGUUUUUCCUAUUUGAGAUAUUAUAUAAUUAACAAAGUGACAACCUCUGGGUUGGUAGUAAAUCUUGAUAAUAUUGCUCUUCAUAUUCCAUGUCACUGCUUUAAAGGUGACUCAUGAGAAAAAAUUAUUCUUUGAUAUGAUCUCUCUGAUUUGGAGAACUUAACUGUCUUAGAGCCUGGAAAAAUGUGUUUUUCUUCCUUGCUUGCCUCAUGCUCUGAAAGCUUUUCCACCUCUUUGUCACUAGAGGGCAGUGUUGCACUGUGUGGAAUAAAUACUGUGCCUGAGGAUUCGGCUUUAAUUCACUGACCCCAAGGUCUGUGGACAAGUGGUCCCAUCUCCUUUGCACCCCAUCCCCGUCUCCCCUACCUCAUCAUUAUUCUGGAAGGUGCUCAGAUAAGAUUGCUUGAAUUUUACUAGAUGGCUACCAUUCUCAAGUGCUGUCUGUUAGGCAUGGUGCCCAAUAUUCUUCAUCUCCCUUGCUGUGUUAACCCUUCCCUCCCCUUCUCUGUGAAGAAGUCUGAUUGUCCUGUUACAGAGAAUAGGCACCUUAAUAUAUUAAAUAAUAUUCCUGAGAUUACCCAGCUAGAAAGUGGCAGAGAUGGGAUUCAAACCCAGGUCGACCUGACUCCAGUACCUGUGCUUUGACCCAUACCCUGUAGGGCUUUUCUUGGUAUUAUCUAAAACAGAUCAUUGCAAGAGAGCACUUAGUCUGACAAGAAACAGUCUUGUACUUGGAGAUCAGCUGUGAGAGGACAGCCAUGUAAUCGGUCUCAUUCUUUCAAUGGUGUUAAGGGCACCUCAUGGAAAAUGAGGUUAUUUGUUUUGUGAGCCUGACUGCAUUUCCAUAUGUUCAGUUUGUCCUUUCAAAGGAUCCAGGUGAAACUGGGAUGCUCUGAGCCAGCACUGUCCAAGAAAAAUACAAUUUGGGCUACAAUUGAGAGCCUUGCCUAUACUGUAAAAUUUUCUAGUAGCUACGUUAAGAAAUAAAAAACAGAUGAAAUUAAUUUUAAUUAUAUAUUUUAAGCCUAAUAAACCCAAAAUAUUAUUUCAGCAUGUAUUCAGUAUAAAAUAUUGAAAUAUUUUACAUUCCUUUAUACUAGUCUUUUUUAUCUGGUGGAUGUUUUAUCCACAUAGCAUGUCUCAAUUUGGACUAGCUACCUAUUGGAUGCUGGCUAUUCACACAUUCCUGGUGACUACCAUUAUGGACAUUGCAGCUCUAGACUUAUGUCUUUCACUUAAUAUCAGCUUUCCCUUUAUACCCCUGGAGGAGGGGAGGGAUAAGGGAUGUCUGUAGGGUUGCCUGCAGAUCUGUUUAUGACAUCUCUCACCAGGCUGAUAUAUUGGGGAAAUGCACAGCUGAGGUAAUUCACUGAACGUACAAGUCAGCUGGGGGAGAGAACAUCAGUCUGGUUUUGGCAUUUUGUGCUUUUCUUCUCCAUAUUGCUGCCUCUUUGAAUCUGAAGUUAGAAUAUUUUAUUGCCCCUUGCAUCCUUUCCCCCAAAUUAAUCCAAGCUGUCAGCAUGUUCAGGUUCUGCCAGUAUCUGAAUCAGAGGACUUUCAGGUUACUCGAAGCCUUGAAAAGCUAGGCAUUCCAAGCUGGCAUUUUUGUAGGAUUUUUAGAAUCACAGCAACCUUGAUUGUGAAAGCUAAUUCUUUAUUUAAAACAAAACAGCUAAAAAGGAGACAUCAGGAAGACCGUUUGACUGAUAGCUGGGGUCCCAUAACACUUCAGCUUCCUGUCUUCCUGUUAGGCAUCUGAUUUCAGGGGCUCAAUGGAAAGGGAGUCAAGAUGCAAAAGGUUUCCUGCUAAUGUGUAUUCCCAGCACUAAUGGACUUUGGCACAGUGCCCUUUCAAAAUGCCUGGGCACAGAGGGCGAGAGACUGUUGAUGUUCUUCCAAACCUCAUCUUGAAUUAUUAAACAUUACUCUAAUGUGGCUUUUACAUUUCCAGAGGACUUUUUUUCCUAUGAGGAAUAAAUCAUAGCCUUGCAUUGUCCCCAUUUUACAAAUGAGAAGACCAAGGCUUGAAAAGUUGUUGGACUUCGCUGAUGCCAUGGGUCAAAGUUCAGCAGACUCUGCAUUACAUUUUCCUCCUUCCAAGGCCUCUGGUUUUAGCCAAGUACCUCUCAGCUAAAACAUUUUGCCUAAAGUUUGCAUGAGAUUCUUGGCACCAGCUCUUAAAGCAAAUAUUUAUGUUGCUCUCUGACAUAAGUCAUUGCAGGUUAUGGUUUCAUUGAAAUUAAAGGUUUUUGGCCCAACUGCAAACUUAUCAUUUGUGAAAUGAAUGGUUGGGUUCUCACUGUGGGCCCAGAGAACCUAUGGGGACUCUAUGGAAAUACCCAUUUAAUAUGUAUUAAAUGUCUACUGUGCACCCAGCAUUGCUGGGUUCUUGUAGACCAAGUUCUUGGAGGGAAGGAACUAUAGUUUGUUCCUCUUUACAUUCCCAGUGUCCAGCACAGCACAUAGACCAUGGUAGGUGCCCAAAAAGUUUGUUUUGAACAAACAAGAAGCAGAAAGAGAGUAGUACCUGUUUUCCAGGGGCUUAUGAUCACUCAAGAUCCAAAGGAAUGCCCUACAAAUGUGGUCCUUCUAGACUGGAAGCAUAUUAGGACCUUGAGUAUUUUUAAGCUCACUUCUACUAUGGAAUUUGGCCACUGAAAUAGACUCUGGUUCACAGCCACUUCUUGUACAAAAUGGCAGGGUGUUACCAAACACCUAAAAUUGACUGGGUCUCUGUUUUAACUCUUUGGUGUGUUAAAAUAAUUCUCAUGUUCACAAGACGAGGGGGUGGUAAAAUGGUUAUGAAUAAUGUUAAUGUUGAGACAGAUAUUGUGUGUAGCCUGGUAAGUAAGUAAACAGAAAAUUAAAAAACGAAUGUGACAUAUACUGACAAACUAGCUAUUUGCAGUUGAAACCUGAAGCACAGACAGUUGUGCUUGGAGUUAGGGGUUCUUGAAACUAGAGAAAGGAGUUGACUGGAUUCCAAAAGAAACUGAGAAAUAUGAAUUAUUAAUGGUGCUGUCAGAGUUGUAGUUGACAUCCAUAGAAACCAACUUUAAUGUCAAUGUGUUCAGUUUUAACUUCAAUGUUUUAAGGCUCAUGUAGGGUAUGGAAAAUAUUUACUCUGGCAAUCACCUGUUUUACUGUUAAAUAAUCUACAUAUUGUUAAGUGAUCUGUUCAUUUGGAUAUUUCCUCUAGGUCUUUUUGGAGAAGGACUUUAGUUCAUCAGAGUUUUUGCUGAUGCAGCAAAGCCAUGGGUGGGAUCCUUGUUUGGGGUGCAUUUGUAGACCUUCUCCCUUGGCCACCAACUUUACCUUGCCUGGUCCAGCCAUGUGGCUGGUAGUGUAAGGCAUGGUGUUUGUAUCUAGUUGGAGUACAGGGAAGUAGGUGUAAAAACAAUUAGAAGACCGUAGUUCAUUCUGUGAUUCUUACCGAUACGGAGUGCAGAGAAAGGACUAGAGCUGCCAGGGCACUCGGUCUUAAAGUACACUCUGAAAUAACCCUUGAACAUUGGCUUAAUUGGACACAGAGAAGAGAAAGAAGAAUAUAGCAGGUGAGGAGAAUAAAUUUCAUGAGGGAAAAAUGUAGGGAUGGGCCUGGUGUCGGAGGAGAAGAUAAGCACAGCACGUUAAUACUGUCAAGGAGGAGAUAUGAUGAGGCCGCAUGAAGGAGGAACUUAUCACAACCUUCUUGGUUUAGAUUUUUAUUUUGCAUCCAAACUUUGUGUAAUCUCACAAGGGAGAAAUGACCUGAAAGCCUUCUUCUUAAAGUACAGGUUUUCCUGCAGCUUUGACUGGGGAGGGUAAAGAGAUUGAAGUAAAAGAGACUUCCUUGGAAGCUUCUGUAAUCAUUCAGAAAUUUGUGUUGACAUCACAGUGGAGUAGUAGGGGUGGAUCGGAGAAACAUGUGAUAGGAACAGACAGGCCUUAGAAGACUGAAAGCGGGGAAGAGUAAUCAAUUCAACACAGAGUUUUAAGGACUUCAUUAUUUCAGAGUAAAUGUUUCUUUGGUAGAUUGGAAUCACUGACAGAAAUAGGGCAAUUUAGAAAAAAAGCUCAUUUUUCUGGUUAGGGUGGUGGAAAGUUUUGUUUUGUUAGCAUUUUCAAGGAAUGCUCUGUUAUAUAACAAAUGCCAGCUGAGUACAGUGGCUCAUGCCUGUAAUCCAAGCACUUUGGGAGGCUGAGGUGGGCGGAUCACCUGAGGCCAGGAGUUCGAGACCAGCCUGGCCAAGAUGGUGAAACCCCAUCCCUACAAAAAAUACAAAAAUUAGCCAGGCUUGGUGGCAGGCACCUGUAAUCCCAUCUAUCUGGGAGGCUGACACAUGAGAAUCACUUGAACACUGGAGGCAGAGGUUGCAGUGAGCUGGGAUUGCACUGCACUCCAGCCUGGGUGGCAGAGUAAGACUCUGUCUCAAAAAAACAAACAAACAAAACCUACAAAUGCUCUCUAAGUGUAGAAAACAUAAGAAGAUGCUUAUGUUAAUUAGGAGAAAAACCAGGAUCUAGACUUGUUAGAUCCUGGUUUUAGAUAUAUAAAAAGUACAUAGGGAAAAACUGUGGGAAUUGUUAAGAGAUUAACUUUGAGAGUAUGGAGAGGUGUGUGUGUGUGUUGUGUGUGUGUUUUAAAGAGACAGGGUCUCGCUGUGUCCCCCAGGCUGCAGUGCAGUGGCAGAACCUUGGCUCACUGCACCCUGAACCUCCUGGAUGCAAGAGAUUCUCCCACCCCAGCCUCCUGAAUAGCUGGGACUACAGGCGUGCCACCAUGCCCAGAUAAUUUUUGUACUUUUUAUAGAGAUGGGGUCUUGUAAUCUUUCCCAGGCUGGUCUCAAACUCCUGGGCUCAAGUGGUCCUCAAAGCUUGGCCUCCCAAAGUGCUGGGAUUGUAGGGAUGAGCCACUGUGCCUGGCCCAGAGUGGGUUUUUGAAUAAUGUUUUCCUACUUCUUAUGGUGUUCUAGCAUCUUAAAAUAAGUAAGUUACUGCUAUUACAAUGACAAAAACAAUGUUAACAAAACAUGCUAACUAGAUACCCUCUGCGUUUUAGAAUACUCUAUUUCAGAAACUAAUUUUUAUUUCCCCCUACAGUUUGAAAAUCUGAACACAGUUGCUGAGUGUCUGUUUUCUCUGGUCAACGGUGAUGACAUGUUUGCAACCUUUGCCCAAAUCCAGCAGAAGAGCAUCUUGGUGUGGCUGUUCAGUCGUCUGU